CCUCGCCGCUGGCGACCAGCGACACCUCCGAGCGCCCCGCUCCUCCCGCUCCGGCCCCGGCUUUGUGUGCGCGGCACCAGCCGCCACCUGGGGCGGGCGCGGCAGCGGUGCCGGUGCCGGGGGUGCCGGUGCCGGGGGUGCCGGUGCCGGGGGUGGCUGUGCCGGCAGUGACGGUGCCGGCCGUGCCGGCGCGGCCCCGCACGAUGCCGCUCCGCGGGCUCCUGCCCCUUUGUCUGCUCUGCCUCCAGGCUGCGCUACCGCUCCGCGGCCACCGCGGCCGCUACGCCGGUGAUAAAGUCAUACGAGUUGUUCCUGAGAGCAAGAGGGAAACACAGAUCCUGAGGGCUGCAUUCAACAGGCUUAAGGUGGAUUUGUGGCAGCCCAGCAGCCCCUCGCACAUCGUGGAAGGCGCAGUCGCUGACGCGCGAGUACCGCAGAAUGCGACGCGGAGCCUGCUGCCCUACCUCCAGCAAGCAAACAUCCAGUACACGAUUCUCAUAUCAGACCUACAGCAAGCAGUAGAAAACCAAACUGGAGGGAGGUCCCAUAGGAAUCGAAGGUCCCUCCCUGGGUAUAACUAUGAAGUGUACCACUCCCUGGAAGAGAUCGAGGACUGGAUGCAUUAUCUGAAUAGAACUUAUUCAGAUCUUGUUCACAUGUUCUCUGUUGGAAAAUCCUAUGAAGGGAGACCACUGUAUGUACUCAAGUUAGGUAAAAGAUCACGGCCCUACAAGAAAGCUGUCUGGAUAGACUGUGGGAUUCAUGCAAGAGAGUGGAUUGGCCCAGCCUUUUGCCAGUGGUUCGUGAAGGAAGCUCUUCAGACAUACCAGACUGAUCCUGACAUGAGAAAGAUGCUAACUCAGCUGUAUUUCUAUAUCAUGCCUGUAUUUAAUGUGGAUGGAUAUCAUUUCAGCUGGACAAAUGAUCGAUUUUGGAGAAAAACAAGAUCAAAGAACAUGAGGUUUCACUGUCAUGGUGUUGAUGCUAAUCGCAACUGGAAAGUGAAAUGGUGUGAUGAAGGUGCUUCACUACACCCAUGUGAUGACACUUACUGUGGUCCUUUCCCCGAGUCUGAGCCUGAAGUAAAGGCUGUCGCUCACUUUCUUCGCAAACACCGGAAACAAAUAAAAGCCUAUUUGUCCUUCCAUGCCUAUGCACAGAUGCUGCUGUACCCUUACUCCUACAAAUACGCAACCAUUCCAAACUUCAACUGUGUGGAAUCAGCAGCCUAUAAUGCUGUUAAUGCUCUUCAGUCAGCCUACGGUGUAAGAUACAGAUAUGGCCCUGCAUCCAGCACUUUGUAUGUGAGCUCUGGCAGCUCUAUGGACUGGGCUUACAAAAAUGGCAUCCCGUAUGCAUUUGCAUUCGAGCUGCGUGACACUGGCCAUUUCGGAUUUUUGCUUCCCGAAAUGCUGAUCAAACCAACCUGCACAGAGACCAUGCUUGCAGUUAAAAAUAUAACUCUUCACUUGCUGAAGAAAUGUCAUUGAGAUGGGAUUUCUACGAGCUGGAAGUAAACAUUUUACUCCUAGCGCUGAUGUCUUUCAGUGUGUUUGGCUGCCAUUCUAAGUUUGGCCACUUCAGAAUUCAAGAAGCUAAUUGGAAAUGUGAUAUUGUUUCUGCCAAAUUAAUAGUGGAAAAUGGAAAAAAAAUCAUUCAAUAUCUGCUCUUCUAAAGUCCAUAAAGUUGAUAUACUAACUUAGUUACCAGUUUGGUGCAGAAUAUUUUUGCAAUAAAACCCUUUAUUCUGCAAUUUCAGUGAGGCUGGUCCUAAAAUAAAGUGCCACUUCCAGGCAGUUCCGGGCCUUAUGCCUUUCCCUAAUAUGACGACCCCCCAAGGGGUCUCUCGAAGCAAGGGAUAAAGUUUACAUUCAUGUAAAUAUACCCUGUGACCCAACACAGGCCUGUAUCUACAGCAAUAAAUGCCUUAUAGUGGUAGCUGGCUGCACUACAAGUGGCAGUGUAGCUUCCUUCUGAGUGUAUACGUACAUAUUUACAUAUAUGCACUUUUGUGAUUUUUUAAUUCAUAUUAUGCAAUAAUUUGGAUCAAGGUUUCUUUUAACUGUUCAGAGAAAUCUACUUUCAAAUGUAUAUAAUUGGAGUGGACUCAAAAUCAACAUAUUGUCUUUGAAAAUGUAACUUUCCCAGUGAUGUGUAAGAAUUUUUAUGAUGAAAUACUAUUGAGAUAGACAAUGUUCUGCUUUAUGGAGAGACAAAGCAACUUGCCAUGACUUGGAGCUUGAAGCUGGCAGUCGACUGGUAUCUGGGCUCUGCUGUAGAUAGUGACUGCCCAUUUUCCACCAGCCAAGGAUUUAGCCUUAAACUGUAAUUAACUGAUGUUUUAUUUAUCAAUAUUCUUGCAGUGAGUUCUUUGGCUAUGUGGCUCUUCUUCCUGGAAGCUGUAUUGUUUUGCAUGUUUUAAAGGAAUUAAUAAAUUUUUAAUGGAUUCUUUAGUGAGACAGCGGUGAAGGUAGAAGCCUUACAGCUGAAAUAAAGUGAAUAAGCACCAUGUUUGAAAGAAUAACGAAAGCACAAAGAAGAUAACAUGUUGAGGGAUUUUUAGGACUUUUAAAAUACUAUUUUUUUAAUAUUAUUGUAUCUGCAGAAGCAUAUAUUUUACUUAAUGCUUUUUGAAUUUAAUCUUAUGCCACUACAUAUCAACUAAGACAUAUUUGUUAAUAAAAUGGUCAAAGACUUUUGAAAUAUUCUUCUUAUUUUACUUAAGUGUUAAAACUUUAGUUCAACUAUAUAACAAUUUUACCUAUCUGUAAAACAUUUCUGAUGCUAAGGAUGGGGAAUUUUUAAAAAUCCUAAGUCCUCUCUAAAUAAGCACUUGAACUUAGCAAAUGGAAAAUCUUCAUAAGUGUUAUAAGGAAAGUACUGUAUUUAAGUAAGAGUAUCAUUGUUUUCAGGACUGCAAAAGGCAAUCAGUGAACAAAGAUGACAGAAUUGCAUUCUAUUUGUUUAACAUUUUGUUAAUAAAUGUGUUGAUUUUACACAAGUUUCUGAAGGCUUGUUCAGAUUUGUUUAAUUCAGUCUUGUUCAGUUUAUCAUUCAACACAAAAAAAAGUACGUGAACAGCAAAACACUGUUUUAGUAACCCAGCAGUCAAAAUCACAUAUAGAGUGAUUACGUGAAAUCCAGAAGUUACAUUUCCAUUGAUUAUUGAUAGAAUAAUUACAACCACUUCUGUAACUUGGAAAACAAUAUUGUUCUUUCUUUUUUUUAACACCUUUUAAUUUUUACAAACAAAUCUCUGAGAUUAAUUAAUAGUAAGGAAACAAGCCCAUGCCUCUUUAAGUCACCCUUCUCAAAAACAAGUAUCACAAACGAUUUAUUACAUUAAAUCACCAUGCAUAAAUUGAUUUUAAAAAUGCCUUUAGAGAUCAAAAAAUUAUUGAGCUUUGUUGCAAAUCUUGAAUAAAGACCACUGCUGAUGGGUGAAGCUCCUUGUGUAUUUCCCAGAAGUUGCUUCAGAAAGGUCAGCGCAUUCAGUCACUUGUAACAUAUAAAGCCUAUGGAAAACUGCAAUUCCUUUUUGAGAACUGCAAUACCUUUUCUGAAAUUUGAAUUGGAAGAGUCCAAAUGACCUUGAAUGCCAACAUGCAUUUAUAUGCAGAGCCAGUCUGCUUGUCCAUAGGAAACAGCAUUGUGCAGAUUGAGCUGCCUACUCAAGGACUGCAAAAAAUAUCCACUGAUGGACAAGACUGUGUCUAAUUCUUAAGGGUGGGAAGAAAGCUUUGUAUUUCCUAUGAAAAAUAAGUUAAUAUUCAACUGCUCCAGUUUAUUUCUGUUAAACAAUCCCUUCAUUUUUUAUAUUUACAUUCAUUUUAAUGGCAAUUAAAGAAUAAGAUACUUGGUAGCAUGAGUAGGGUAAUAAGUACUUUUGUAAGCACUAUGACCUUUCCUUUGGUUGUGCAAAACUACUACAUCAUUUCCAUAGCUCACUGUUUUGUAUCAGUCACAUUCAGUCUCACACAUGUUUGUGUUUUUUAAUUCUGUGCCUAAAAGUCACAUAUUACCAUUUUCAAGCAGUUCUUUAGUGAUGGUAAACCAC